CUUCCCAGAACUGAGUGGAAGCAUCAGAAAGUCGCUCGCGCUCCUCCAGAAUGAACUUUUGGGACUACCAGUAUGUAAAGGAAUGCGUUUUUAAGCGAAUUAACAUUUCCUGACCAUAUUUAUCGCUUGAUUUUUAUCCUACUAUCUUGAACAGCGGAUUUAUUUCUAUUAUUUCUUUAGAGUUUUUUUAACAGGCAACAGUGGUGGUCGCUUUGCUGUGGAAAGGACCUCUAUUCAGCUUUCCUUAACAAAUGCCUUUAUAAUAAUGGAGGAAAAUGUUCGCUGUAAUUCAGUUUUUUUCAUUUAGUGUCUGUUUAAUUUGUUAAAACUCAUAGACAGAUGAGCUGAGAAGAUUUUAUCCGAAAGAUAAAGUUCUUUGGCACUUUAAUGAGUAGAUCAGGUGGUAACUGACCGUGUUAAAGCUGGACAGGAUGGCUGGCGUGGUGCGCACCCUGAGCCGGUGUUUGCUGCCCGCUGAGGCCGCUCACGAUGACAGGAGUACAGGGAAAGAUCGCACCCGCGAGCGGGACGUGAACCGGGAGCGCGAGGCGAAGCGGCGCAGUCGCGAGAUCGACGCGAUGCUGACGCGCGAGCGGCGCUCCAUACGGCGGCUGGUGAAGAUCCUGCUGCUGGGCGCCGGAGAGAGCGGCAAGUCCACAUUCCUCAAACAGAUGAGGAUCAUCCACGGAAAAGUGUUUGACCAGAAAGCGCUGCUCGACUUCAGGGAUACGAUCUUUGAGAAUGUCAUCAAGGGAAUGCGGGUACUGGUGGAUGCCCGAGACAAACUUGGCGUUUCCUGGCAGAACUCCGAAAACGAAAAGCAUGGCAUGUUUGUUAUGUCCUUCGAAAACAAAGCAGGCAUGGCUGUGGAACCCUGCACCUUUCAGCUGUACGUCCCAGCCCUGCAGGCACUCUGGAAUGAUAGUGGCAUCCAGGAAGCCUACGGUCGACGGAGUGAGUUUCAGCUGAGUGAAUCGGUGAAAUAUUUCCUGGACAACUUGGAUCGGAUUGGCCAACUGAGUUAUGUGCCGAGUCGACAGGACAUCUUACUAGCCAGGAAGGCCACCAAGGGAAUUGUGGAGCAUGAUUUUAUCAUUAAGAAAAUCCCUUUCAAGAUGGUAGAUGUGGGAGGCCAGCGCUCUCAAAGGCAGAAAUGGUUUCAGUGCUUCGACGGCAUCACCUCCAUCCUCUUCAUGGUGUCCUCCAGUGAGUAUGACCAGGUGCUGAUGGAGGACCGUCGCACCAACCGCCUGGUGGAGUCCAUGAACAUCUUUGAGACCAUAGUCAACAACAAGCUCUUUUCCAACGUUUCCAUAAUCCUCUUCCUCAACAAGAUGGACCUUCUGGUGGAGAAGGUACGCAAGGUCAGCAUUUGCAAGCACUUUUCCGACUUUCGGGGAGACCCUCACCGACUGGAGGACGUGCAGGCCUAUCUGGUGCAGUGCUUCAACCGCAAACGUCGCAACCGCGGCAAGCCACUUUUCCACCACUUUACCACUGCCAUUGACACUGAGAACAUUCGCUUCGUCUUCCAUGCCGUCAAAGACACCAUUCUUCAGGAGAACCUUACGGACAUAAUGUUGCAGUGACUUUUUGAUUGGUUUCUACAAUUGUUUGAGUUCAUUUUCAGUCAUAUUUCGAGAGGAAAUGACUUAUGGAAAAAAAACAUUUUGACCACUGUGCAGGAGAAGGUCAUGGUGCAUGAUCAUACUCCAGUCAAUUAUAUCCGAGACAUGGCAUUCAUAUCUACAAAAAUGACACAAAUCUUUCUUCGCCAUCACUCAUUUGCAAUUUUCCUGUGUAACAAGAUGUUUGAAGACACCAUUGAUGGUGGAACUUUUAGGGUUUUACAAUUUGGUUAAUCUGUCGAUUUAGCAUAUUUUCUCAAAGAUAAACUCGACCUUUACACUGGCUCAUCUCCCGAUUAACAUACUACAAAACAACUAGCAAACCUGCACUGAGCGUCCUCCUUGAACAAUAGUUACUUCCAUGUCACUUGACCGGUUUAUUGUUGAUAUAAUCUAACAUUUAAAUCACAUUUCGCUUUAUCUAUACUUUAUAGAUGACAUGAAGAUUUCUCAUUAACAACUAAGCAGGGUUUUUGUACAUAGAAUGAACAGCGGCUUUUGUACGUGUCUCCUCUGCUUUUCAUGUGCCUCUUCACGUUAAGCUACAAGCUUUGAAAUAUACAGUAGGGUCAAAUCACUGGUUAUGCCUAACACCACUAACUUAAGAUGAACAACGCAUUAAUGGUAUUCUUUAAAUGUCAUUAUUGCGCUGAAUAUAUACUAUAUGAGUAAUCAUAUAAUGUUAAGCCAAUGUGUAUACAACCUGUGUACUUUACAAGAUUACAGAGGGGGUCAAUCUGAUGCUGUUGAGUUGGUCUAUCAACAGAUGUAAAGGUUUCAUUUUCUUCUUGUUCUUCUUGUUGCGCACUGAAGUCUGAAAUUUCGUAUCCGUUUUUUUUUUUCGUAUUCAUUUGCGAAAUAUUCGUCACAUACGCAAACCUUGCACAGUGAAUGCAAAACAUUUCGGAGUCAGUUUAAGCAGUGAUACUUAGUUCUCCUCUCUUCUCCAAAGUAGAUGAGGAAAGACGAAUAGGCUACGUAAUAUGUUCAUCCAAUACCGUAUCGAGAGGAAGGAGAGUUCAGCUCAUUAUCAAAGAGCUAAGCUGGGUUAUCCCGAAAUUUAUUUAUUUACCCCAAAGUUUAUUUCAGGAAAUCAGUGGAAUUUUGAUACAUUGCUUGCGAUACUUCACACAUUCAUGUACGUAAACAAAUCCUGAAGAGAGACUGGCAGUACCUAUAGACAUUAUAACAGAUGCCGGCCGCGUUGACGUGUCGAAGCAACGGACCGAAAGCGGACCAUGCUUUCUAUUAUAAUGUCUAAGGGCAGUACGUCAAAUGUACACGCACACACACCAAACAGCAGCAGGGCAGAGGUGUGCCACUCACUGAAUCCAGCAUUUAGGGGUUCUCAACUGUCCGCGACAUUCUGUCUUUAUUUUGUGUUUGUCAAAGUUAUCUGUAGCUCAAAUGACGGCAUUCUGUAUCUGCUUUUCGCUUGAACAGUGGCUCUAAAACGCCUCUCAAAACGCUUUUUCGGAUGUGAAAAGUGGAAAAAAUCAAACCCGGUUUGAAUUUUUUUAUGACGUACGAAAGUUUCAGAGGCAGCGUGUCAAUGCGAUUGACUCAACGUGAGAUCGAAUUUAUAUUUCAACGUGAAAAUUACAGAUUCAGUGUGCAAUAACCUUUUAUUCUUCAGAUCUUGAUGAAUGGCAGCUGUGAACAGCUGUUUGCUUUGCUAUUCGAUUCUGUUGCUAUGGGAGGUCCCAGAUUGUGAUCCCGGACGAGCCCCCAAUUUGUUGCGCACAUGUUACAGUCUUUCCUUUUAAACUUCUCAAUGAACAGGGUGAGAAGUGGCUUCCCUUUGAUGCCUGCCAGUGCUGAGGAGAGUUUCUUGAGGAUUUCUAGCACUGCCAGUUUCCUUUUGCAGAGAUCUGGUUCUGGGAUCUGGCCUGCGCGAGUGGUUUCCAUUUCAAAGCAGGUGUUACAGGUGUUAGUUGUUUUGUGCCAUAGUUUUAAGUUUUGGGAAAGUUUGAGAUAUGUUAUCAAAUAGUUCU